GAGCCGCGAGGACGCCCGGCUGGAGCUGCCCUCUGCAGCCAAGCCGGAGCUCCCUGCCCUUCGCCGCGGCCCUGGGCGGGCGCCCCCGCCGCCCUCGCUCCCCUCGCGCAGGUCCGGGUGCUCAGCCGCCGCCCGGUGCUGCAGGGCCGGCGCGAUGCGGCAGCUGUGCCGGGGCCGCGUGCUGGGCAUCUCCGUGGCCAUCGCGCACGGUGUAUUCUCGGGCUCCCUCAACAUCCUGCUCAAGUUCCUCAUCAGCCGCUACCAGUUCUCCUUCCUGACCCUGGUGCAGUGCCUGACCAGCUCCACAGCGGCGCUGAGCCUGGAGCUGCUGCGGCGCCUUGGGCUCAUCGCUGUGCCCCCCUUCGGCCUGAGCCUGGCGCGCUCCUUCGCGGGGGUCGCUGUGCUCUCCACACUGCAGUCGAGCCUCACGCUCUGGUCCCUGCGCGGUCUCAGCCUGCCCAUGUACGUGGUCUUCAAGCGCUGCCUGCCCCUGGUCACCAUGCUCAUCGGCGUUCUGGUGCUGAAGAACGGCGCACCCUCGCCCGGGGUGCUCACCGCCGUGCUCAUCACCACCUGCGGCGCCGCCCUGGCAGGAGCCGGCGACCUGACGGGAGACCCCAUCGGGUACGUAACGGGUGUGCUAGCGGUGCUAGUGCAUGCCGCCUACCUGGUGCUCAUCCAGAAGGCGAGCGCAGACACUGAUCAUGGGCCGCUCACGGCGCAGUAUGUCAUCGCCGUCUCUGCCACGCCGCUGCUGGUGGUCUGCUCCUUCGCCAGCACUGACUCCAUCCACGCCUGGACCUUUCCUGGCUGGAAGGACCCAGCCAUGGUCUGCAUCUUCGUGGCCUGCAUACUGAUCGGCUGCGCCAUGAACUUCACCACGCUACACUGUACCUACAUCAACUCAGCCGUGACCACUAGCUUCGUGGGCGUGGUGAAGAGCAUCGCCACCAUCACGGUGGGCAUGGUGGCUUUCAGCGAUGUGGAGCCCACCUCUCUGUUCAUUGCCGGCGUCGUGGUAAACACGCUGGGCUCCAUCAUUUACUGCGUGGCCAAAUUCAUGGAGACCCGAAGGCAAAGCAACUAUGAGGACCUGGAGUCACAGCCCGGGGGAGAGGAAGCGCAGCCAAGUGGAGACCAGCUGCCUUUCGUGAUGGAAGAGCUGCCCGGGGAGGGUGGAAAUGGGGGGACAGAGGAUAGGGAGGGAGCAGGUGGCUCCGCUCAGCAGAGUGGGCUAGAGUCCAGGGGCAGCCCCCGAGGGGUCCCGCUGGUGGCUAGGAGCUCAAAGGUCUCAGAAGAAGGGAGUAAGAGAUCCUUAAAGGAUGCUUACCUGGAAGUGUGGAGGUUAGUUAGGGGAACCAAGUAUAUGAAGAAGGAUUAUUUGAUAGAAAAUGAGGAGUUACCCAGUCCUUGAAAAGGACUUGCAGGUAUGUACACAUGUACAUACAGUUAUUUUAUAUGUUAGAAAUAAUAUAUUUUAAUGAGGGGCCUCCCAGUUUUAUUCUUUAAGGAGUGGGUGAGGAAAGCAAAGGAAGAAGCUGAAAGGACCGACAGCAACAACGUUAGCACCUGUGUGAAUUAUUUAGCAUGACUGAGGCAUCACAGAGAAAAAAACAUGUGAAGACGCUUAACAAAGUGAAACAGCACUUUCAGCUUAGGACUCUUGGCACAUUUAUUUUAUUUUUUUGUCUUUAUAACCAUAACCAAAAAUCUGCAUGUAUCAAGAGUCCCUCAAUACCCCCUCCAAAGAUGGAGUGUAGAAAUGAUGACAGUACUUACAACGAUUACAUUCAGGGGCACAUUUUUCAUGAUAAGACUAGUUUCUGUUACCAACUGGGCAGAGUAUAGUGUUGAAAGGACAAUGUAAAUACACU